CCGUCGCCACCGCCGCCGCCGCCGGUACCCAAGCCGGAGCCGCCGCCGGACACGGUGGAGCGGCGACGCUGGCGGUGUCUGACAUGCGAUGACCAGUCGCAGUCGUACGACGACCUGGUGACGCAUACGUACAUCGCCCACCCGGACGCCGAUCUCCCCCGCUUCCAGGUAGUGGUGACGUACGUGCCGAAGGCGGCGAAGGCGCCGGAGCCGGCCGCGCCGCCAUCGCCGCCGCCACUGCCGACUGGCGACGCCUCGCAGGAGGAGCGCGACGCCGCCAUCUUGGACGCCGCGCGCGUGCGAGGCGCAGAGAAGCGGCGCGCUCCCAGCGCCACUAAGGUGCCUGUCGGUGCCAAGCGGCGCAGCGUACCAGCAAUGGUCAGCCCGAGCUACUCAAACAUGUCGCGUCGCUACCGGGCUCCUCAGCAACCGGCGGUGGCGGCGGCGGCAGCGGCGGACGAGAUGGACAAGCUCUACUGCUAUUGCCAGUCGCCCUACGACGAGGUCAGCGAGAUGAUCGGCUGUGAUAAUGACGACUGUCAACACGAGUGGUUCCACUUCGAGUGUGUCGGCAUAGUGAUCGCUCCCAAGGGCAAGUGGUUCUGCCCGGACUGCGCCGACCGGAACAAGGCCUAG